AUGUCAGAAUAGUAAGCGGGUUAAGUAAUCAAUAUAUUCUAAUUUAAUAGGAAUAAUUGGAUGUAACAGCAAUGAUGGAUGAGUUAUAUGACAAAUUAAUAUUAUUGAAUUAUGAACAAAGUUAUUUAAAAUAGAAGUAAUUGAACUUAUAUAUAUCUAAUAUUAGAGGUGGUAAACCUUUGAAUAGAGCCUAUUUUGUAAAUCAAACUAAUUCAAGUGAAUAAUUCACUUAAUUUAAAACGUAACUUUUUGAAUUGUAUUUGAAUAGAUUAGUGAAAUGGCUAUUUCAAUAAAAUGAUGUAUAGACCAGUGAUUUUAAUAAACUUGAUGAUCCUGUAACUCUAUCUUAAAAUAUAAGUAAUUAGAUUUCUAUAUAUAUAAUAGUAAAUGAAUUAAAAAAUAUUGGGAUUGAAGUUGACUUUCCUCCACUUAAAUUAAAAUAAGGAUUUGGAGAAUAUGUUGUUUAUGUUUUGCUCUAAUUAGCAACUAAAGCAUUACAAAAAAAGAAAUUCCAAUAUAAGAAAGCCAAAAUUGAAUAAUAAUCUUAAACGUAUACAAUAAUAUUAAAUUAUUAGAAGAUAAGAUGAUGAACCAGUUUAAGAAACAGGAAGUGUAUCAUCAGAUUCAGAUCCAGAAGUAGCAUCAGAUGAGGAACCUGAAGAUGUAUUUAAUGAAUAGGGUUUCCAAAAAGAGUAACUAUUAUAAUUCAAAUAUUAAAGUGAAGAUAAAAUGGUUAUUGAAUCAAAUGUAAAUCCAAAAGAAUGGGCUAAAGAAGUUGAAAGGGCUGCUCAAAAGAUUAAAAUAGUCAUAAAACCAGAUGCUGGAGAAUGGAGAUAACAUUUUGAUGCUACAAAAUAAUAUUCAAAUUAAAUAAAGACUAUACUUCCAGAAGCUAGAAUCAAAUUAGAAAAAAUGAGUGAUGAAUUGGCAGAGAUUUUAGACAGAAUUACAAAGAGAGAAUAUAAUAUUAAUGAAAAUAUGAGUGAUAUGGUAAGCAGACUCCUUAAUCUAGUGUAAUGAAUUCAAAAAGAAAAAUGAAGAAUACAAAAAGAUUGAACUUUAAUAUUAGAAUUAUACUAAUGCCAAAAAAGAAAUGAAUGAUUAAUAUAAACAAAUACAAGAGAAAUUUGAAACUGUUCAAAAUAAAUUAAAUGAACAUGGAAGUGUUUCUACAGAUUAAUCUCCUGUAAUUAGAAUCAAAGCUAGUCUAACUAAAUUGAGAGUAUCUAUUAUAAUAAUCUAAUUUAAUAGUUAGAAAUCAAAUAAAUGGAUCUUAGAAUUGGAGUUCUAUCUCAUACAAUUCUUCAAAGAACAUUUCAUGAUGCCAAAGCCAUUCAAGAAAGAGACUAUCAUGAAAAUGGACUCAUCUUAAAUGAGUCUGAUGAAUUAACAGAUUGAAA